AUGAAGACAUAGACAAUGAGUUUGACACCCAGCUCAUCAUUCAACAGAGUUUACAGGAUAUUCACAAGCCGGAAACUACACAGCAGUCACCUGAAGAUGAGAGCUUUUUGAUUGCAGACUGUAAGAGGAUAGUUGAAACAAUAGAGACAGUUAAGUACUCUUCCUAUUCUAUCCCCUUCAACUUGUGGUAAGAUGUAAUGGUGACAACUGGUAGCAUUUCCCCUCUAAGUUCAGGAAGCCUAGAAGCAGGAUCUCCCAAGUGCCGAACACUAUGGGGUCAACAGCUAAUUGUCAAGAGUCUGAUGGGGCCUCUCCUGGGAGAAACUACUUCAGCAAAAUUUAGCAAACAGUUCCUGGGCUCCUCGGUGGACAGAGCUGUUUUCUGUAUGUAACAAGAUGACGGGUAUUCACAGGUCCAGGUGGUAUGGAAUGCUAGAUGAAAGACCUUACUGCUUGUUUGUCCUAUGCCAUUUAAAUUUGUCUUUCAUUAAAGGUAGUGCUAGAAUACUGUUGUCUCAUGCACUAACCUUGAUGAUGGAAUUCAGAAGCAGUAUGGGCUGCCUUGUAUAUGUGCCAAAUGUGAAUAUGUUCUCAUUUGACUUGUUAAUAGGUAAGGAAGAUGUAUUGUCAGGGUUGACCAAGUACCAUUCUGCUUUUGAUGAAGCAGAUGAGAUAGGCUGGCUUCCUCUCCAUAAGGCUGCAGUGCAAUUAAAUAAGAACAUUUUGGAAAUAACCCUGAAAGCUUCAAAACCCAGUGUGUGGGAGCAAACCACCAACAAUGGUGAAACACCACUUUUUUUGGCUGUCAGCCAUUGCCUCUUAGAAAAUGUCUGUUUUCUUCUUCUCAAUGGCUGCAAUCCAAAUGCCAAGAACGUCGAAGGCAAUUCUCCUCUUCUUACAGCUGUUCUACAGGACUCCUACGAUAUGGCCGCCUUGCUGAUCAGCCGUGGAGCAGAUGUCAAUCUGCGGUGUGUCAAUGAGAAGACAGCUCUCCACGAAGCAGCCAGGCUGGGCAGACGGGACAUAGUGAAGCUCCUGCUGGUUUCUGGGGCCCACCCUGACCCAAAGAGCUCCUACGGAUUCACUCCUCUUGCUCUUGCUGCCCAAAGCGGACACACUAAAACCAUGGAACUAUUACUGCAGAAAGGAGCUAAUGCUCUUGGUCAGGCCUCUGAUUCUUCUUCCAUCUUACUUGAAGCAGCUAGUGGAGGAAAUCCAGACUGUGUAACUCUCUUGCUAGAGUAUGGAGCUGAUGCCAACAUCCCUAAGAAUUCAGGCCACCUGCCCAUUCAUGUGGCAGCUGACAGAGGCCACUUGUUGGCUCUGAAGAUUUUGGUUCCAGUCACAGAUUUUGCUGCCAUUAAGCGGAGUGGCAUCAGUCCAGUUCACUGUGCAGCAGCAGGAGCACACCCCAAAUGCCUGGAACUUCUCAUCCAGGCUGGGUUUGAUGUAAAUUUCAUGCUAGAUCAGAGAAUUCGCAAACACUAUGAUGACCACAGGAAGUCAGCUUUGUAUUUUGCUGUAUCAAAUGGUGACCUCUCUUCAGUUAAGCUGCUUCUGAGUGCUGGAGCUCUGCCUAAUCAAGACCCAGUUAACUGCCUCCAGGUAGCCCUGAGGAUGGGCAACUAUGAGCUGAUAAGCCUGCUGCUACGGCAUGGGGCCAACGUUAAUUACUUCUGCAAAGUCAACCCUUUACAUUUCCCAUCAGCACUUCAAUACACGCUGAAAGAUGAAGUCAUGCUCAGGAUGCUGUUGAAUUAUGGGUAUGACACAGAGCGAUGCUUUGACUGUCCUCAUGGAGACAAAGUUCAUCCCUUCUAUACUUUUGUUGAAGGCUGGACAUCUACAGUUAUCAAAGAUACUAUGUUCUGCGAAGUAAUAACUUUGUCAUGGCUGCAACAUCUCUCUGGAAAGGUUGUUCGAGUGAUGCUUGAUUAUGUUGAUCAAGUUAGGAUCUGUUCAAAGUUGAAAGCUGUGCUCCAAAAACAGAGGCUCUGGUCAGAAAUCCAUUUUAUCUUGACAAACCCUCGCUCCCUGAAACAUUUGUGCCGCCUCAAGAUCCGGAAGUGUAUGGGACGUUUACAUUUGCGCUGCCCCAUCUUCAUGUCAUUUCUUCCGUUACCCAAUCGUCUAAAGGCAUAUGUCCUUUACAAAGAAUAUGACCUUUAUGAACAAGGAAUUUUCACAGGAACCUGGUAAUCAAACUAUUCUGGAUGAAAAGGACAACAAACUGCCCCUCACUACUGGCUUGGUUUGGUCUACUGGAAGCAGCUAUCAACCGACUUUGUUCUUCUAAGUCCUAGUGGAAAAGACAGAAAAGAAACUUAAAGUUAAUUGUUUGCAAUCAAAUAGGAAACUAAGCAGUUAAAUACAUACUUGAGAGCCA